UUAGAGGAAGCCGCCAUUUUUGUGCCGAAAUUUAAACCGUUGUGUACUCGGGCCGCAAAAAAUUGUGGGAUAACUGGAUCCAUAGCACAAAUGUGAUAAUGACAGUGUCUGACGAGUAGAUCGUAUCGAGAUCGAAUCAUCAUGUGGUGGAUUUUAUCGACGAUCUACUCUUUCAUGUAUAAUUCCCUGCUGGAUUUUGUGUUUUUCAUUUUGGUUGAUGUUGUGGCAAAGACACCUUUGCGAGAAGCAACGAAUGAUGAUGAGAAGAGGACAAUUUGGUUGUAUGAAUCACUCAUCUUGUCUGCUGUGUCAGUCGGCAUCUACCUGUUUGACCAUGUGCCCUACCUCCUGCUUCUGCUGACCACUGUCACAUUCAUAUAUACUCAGCUGUAUGGCCGCAUAGACUUCCGAUACUGGUGGAACCUCCUGAAAACACGAUGGGAGGAGUACCAGCAGCACGAGGAGAGCAUGGAACACAUGCGCGAGCAACUGUCUCGCCAGCGCCACCCUGUCCAGCCCAAUACCACAAUGCCAUUCCCUCCAUACUACCAGCAGGUGCCCCCUGGAGGAGUGGGGCCGUACAGUGCAGCAGGGACCGACCACAGUGCCCAUCUAGUAAGUCAGAAACAGGGACAUAGUCAAAAAGAACCUCAUAGUUGGUUUUGGUCUAGACCCUCCAAAUGGCUAAGCCUAAGACAGAGAGGCCCACAGCCUGUCCCUGACCCUGUAGUUUCUAGGGAGAGUCCGGUGACAUCCAGACAGGGUGUCCCAAUGGUAGGACGCAAACUGGAAGACAAUCUACCCCAGAAAGUGGCCUGGUUUGAUGGGAAAGAACUGCGUCGCCGUCCACUCCGCCCAGAAGGUUCAACACUUCUCCCCAAGCCUAUUGCAGGGUCGUCUUUAGCUGCAGGGGCAUAUUCGGGAACAUCAACAAUCAGAACUAAAUUUAUGUCAGCUUUUGGACUGAACAGUCAAUCCCCCAAACCCCCAGGGUUGAAAAACAAUGGUCAGAAUCUGUGUUUUAUGAACUCCAUUGUGCAGUCUCUAGCUCGAAGUCCUCACCUUGUCACCUACCUCUCAGUAGAUGCUGCCAAAGAACUGGAGUGUGGAGUGGCCGAGUCACUCCUCCUCACAACCUUUGUAGAACUCCUCCAACAGUGCAGUCUCCCAGUCGGAAGCAACGAUGUUAGUGUCCUUGACCACACUACCUUCAGACAGUCUGUGUCGGCCCUCAACAGCGGCCUGAUGGCUCCACCAGGUCAAGGUCAAGUCCAGCAGGACGCAGCUGAGUUUCUUAUGUGGUUGUUGGAGUCAGUGCAUAACAUUCUCAAUAAGAACCGGAAGGCUCUGCAGGCUGACAAGACCAAUGGCUCACGGAGGGGUGAGGAGCGGUUUUCAAGCCCAACAUUGGCAGUGCUAAAGUUCAUCUACGGUGACCUCAACUCUCGGACAAUACUUGACCUUAAGGAUGCGUGUAGACGAGAGAUUGAGCUUGCCAAUGGACUUGAGAACGACUCUUAUGCUGAGCCAAUACAGCGUCUUUCUGACUUGGAGUGGCUUCAGCACAAGCAGGAAAAUGAAUCUAUCAUAGAUGAUCUCUUCACUGGGCAGCUUGUAGAGGCCUAUCACUGUCUAACAGACAACCACAUAUCUGUGAACCUUCAAGCUUUCAACAUCCUCCCUGUCCCCAUCGCAGCACCACGGGAAGUCUCAGGGGUGGUGUAUCUAGAAGACUGUUUCACUAGUUUCUGCCAUAUAGAGCAUCUGAUGGGGCCAGAUGAAAUGGACUGCACAUUUUGUAGAGCAGAUGCCAAUAAGGGCAAGAAGAAGGUGAAGAAGAACGCAGUGAAUGAUGUGUAUAUGUCUAGCACGCCACGGACUAGAAGUGUGACACGGAACAUGAGCAUUGACUCGGCAGUUCAAAGCCCAGCUCCCCCUCCAGCCUUCAUGUCCCCCAUCGUCGGGCAGAGGGACGUUAUUAAUGAUAGUGGUUUCCAUGACAAUAUCUUCAAAACCUCCACUCCCAUCAUUGAGGCUUGUCAGGGGAUUGGGAACCAAACUCGGCAGCAUAUUCGAGACGUGCAACGACGGUGCCUUUUAAGACAGUUACCUGAGUGCCUGGCUAUUCAGCUAAUGAGAUUUACCUACAACCAGCGCACUGGUAGGUCCAGGAAGAUUAAAGCGCCUGUUAGCAUUCGUAUCAAAGAUCUCAACCUGACCAACAUCAUCUAUGACACAGUGACGCGAAGAGAAGAUCUCACAGCUAUCGACCUCAACCACUCGUACAACCUCUUCAGCGUCUGCGUCCACCUUGGAGCUGAGAGCACAAACCAUGGCCAUUACAUCAGUUACUGUUUGGUGGAUGACAAGUGGUAUCGGUUUGAUGACGAGAAUGUCGCGGAAGUGAACAUGGAAUAUGAGCUGACAACUAGAGAACUACGCGAGAAUGCUUAUAUUCUUUUCUACAAACGAGUUCACAACUAGACUUUGUUAUUCCUACCCUAUCUAAUCUCAUAGCGGCAUUGUCAAAGUACCAAGCUAAAUAGGGCAGUUUGGGUUACUUAUAUAGGAACCCUUGUGAAAAUGUUCUUGAAACUUUUAACGUGAACACAGUAACAUUCAGAUGAUAUUAGGAGAAUCAUACUAGCAAAUCGUUAGCGCCAUAUUUGGCAAAAAAAUUACCCUGGAAGGUUUUUGGUUCAUGUUGUCUACUUGGAGACAAAAAGUUUUUUUAAUUUGUCUCAUAUUCAAAACAGUUUGUUAGGUUUUUUUUCAAAUAAUACAUUCUUAGUUCUUAACCAAUGUCUUCAGAGCAAAUCAUCUAAUAAGAAAUAAAAUGUUAUUAAAGUAAUAUUUUAAUACAGCUUAAUGCACAGAACAGUCAAACAUUCUUUAAUGUUGGAGUAACGACAAAUGACAAGAAACACCACAACUGCAUUGUGAGGUAAUCUUGGACAAAAAUACCAGGGAAACCAUUCAUUUUGUUACUUAAUGGAAAAACUAGUAUGUUUUCUAAUCAAGUCCAAGUAAGGAAGCCAUUCAUGUUUAGUUACUGGUAUACACUUUUGUGAUUAUAUGGCAUUAGGUGCAACUUUUACAAGGGCUGUGUACUUUGGGUUGUCUUAGACUUUGGUUCCAUAUAAGUGACACUAGGAUGCACACACAGUGUGAUAUUCCUGACAUUGUAAUACUGACUGGGCGGGGCCUGUAAGGAAUGAAUUGACCAAGACAGCUUUAAGGAUAUGAAAACUUGGUUCUCAGUCAAGUAAUUAUGAAAUCCAGUAUUGUUCUUGAUGCAUAAUUUUUCAAAUUGAAGUAACUCGAGAUGUUUGGUGAUGCUGAAGCAAGUGUAGGUCAUUUCACUAUUUUAAUUUAUGUGGAGUAAAGUUGAAAGAAUCUAAUUUGAUAGUUAUGAGCGUAUCAAUAAUUGAAACUUCUGAUUAUUUCUUUAACCCAGUCAAAGUUUAUUUUAGAAGGUUUAAACUUACCAGAAAAAUUACUUCAAGGGAGAUAAUAUUUUCUUGGAAUUGUCAAUCAUUGAUUGUAAAAAAAGUUGUCUUCUUUCGUGUAUUUGAAAUGAUUAAUGGGAAAUAUCGUCAACCCCAUCACCACUCAUCAAGUAUUCAGAUUGUUGACACAUGCAUAUUGAUAGCCAGACAGAGAAAGUCAGUUUUCAGAUUCUCCUUCAAUACUGAUUCUAAUGUUUUUAUCAUGAUAGGAUUUUAUCUAUACUUGUUUGUAAUAUAUUAUCAGUGACAUUAUUUAUUGGCAUUUGGGAAAAAGGUUUUAAAAAUUGUAAAACACGAUAGCCUUUUUAAGUAUGUAAAGUAGAAACACUUUUCUCGAUUAUGAGCUUCAAUCGGAAAUAUCGAGGUAAUACAUUCAAUCUUAUUACAUGCCAGUGUCAGAUUAGGACUGUAAUCUACCAAUUUCUAUCUUACUUUUAAAUGACAUGAAUAUUUCUGAGAGUGAUGAUGAAUUUAUAAAGUUUCAGUUCUCUACAAUUGACUGCCAUAUUAAUGAAAGUAACAAGAGAUAGGAAAUGUUAGCAGUCACAUUUUACAUACCAUCACAAUCUUAACAUGCUAAAUAGGGUUUGUCUUGGAUAAACUAAACUUUCCUAAAAUGAACUGACCUGACCUGUCAAUCGAUAUUUUCACUAAACUAUAGUGAUAACAGACAAAGAAGUGUAAGAAUUAUUGAAUAAUCAUGCCAUUUCAUAACAAACAAAGAAAAAUGAACUGUUAUAAAUGAGGCAAGAAUAGUUGAACUAAUUUUAAUUGAAUAUUUUUAUAUUUUAACCCAGUUUGUACAACAAACACUUGGUAAUUUUAACUGUUACGUGGAGGUAUUUUAUGCCUGUACGUAACAAUUAGUGUGAAUCACUCACUGAAAAAUUUAUUCUUUCAGCUGAAGUUCUCUUGUUUGGGUCAGCUUCAUGUCUUGUUUUCCAUCGAUCAUGUUACUUUGUGAGACUACGCAUAAACUGUUUUACAUGGUUUUUAAAUGGUGCUCUGAGUUGUCAAGCAGGCCACUGUACCUUGUUGUAGAAACUAUUUUUGUAAACUUAUUUAAACUUCACUAGCACGUCUGUGAAUAGGCGUGAGAAUAGAAUGUGAAUAGCAAUUGCUUCUGUUGCAUAAUGUGAAUCUGGCUGAUAUUCAAUUGAGAAAGUUGUAUGCAAAUCAAACUGUGCAUUUAUAUAUUUCAUUAUGUCUGGUGCUUAUGACAAGUCUUCUAACUGCCAUAACAAUACCAACUUAUAUAAAUGGUAUAAAUCAACAGAUAUUGUAUCACUCAUGUUUGUCCUCUUGAUCAUUUCUAUGGGUUUUUAAGAAUAUUAA